AGAAGAAGAAGUCACAUUACAGUUACCUGUCGUUGUUGUUAGUACGUUUUUAUUUGUAUGAACUGGCCUUUGGGACGUAAUAUAGCAUAUUUCAGGAUUUGUCUUGUUAUUUUUAUAAACUUGCAGCGAGAGCAAAGUUAAUUUAGACACGCUGUCGGUCGCCUGGUGUUGCGGUGUUAAUGUUUCCUCAAACAGAGCGAGAGUUAGCCAGCUAGCUCGUGUGUUGUUGCUUAGCAGUGAUGGAGUGGCAGGGAAACGGAGCGUCGCUUUUCCCUGAUGUGGAACCCAGAAUCGUAUCUGCCUCAUCGGCUAGCAACGUCAGCGCCGUUUAUCCAAACCAGCAGUUACCAUCAUCUCACCUUGGUGAUAGCGCCAUGGCAUCACUUUGUCAGAACCAGCAGCGCUGUGUAAAGGCCUCGAUUGUGUCUAGCUGGAGGCUGGCAGAGGCCCAGGACCAGUUGUGUGCCCUUGGGGUCCACAGCUCAGAGUCCCUGGAGCAGGAGCGUGCUCGGACGUUGGCCUGUCCCAUAGAACUUACACACAUUGAGCAGGAGUGGCGACGUAAGGAGAGCAUGCUGGGAGGACCGGAACCCAGUCGCAGUCCUGUGCUUGGAACUGUUGGAAGUUGGGAUGUUUUUGAUAAGAGUAUAAUCAAUAUCCAUAAUCAGGCUGUAGAAACAGAUCAAGACAAAUGCAAGACUUUUCUCCAACAAUAUGAGCGAGAUCUCAGGCAUUUUGGUAUGUUGCGGAGAUGGGAUGAUAGUCAGCGGUGCCUUUCAGACAAGCCUGAGCUCAUCUGUGAAGAAUCUGCCAACUACUUAAUUCUGUGGUGCAUUAAGCUACAGCAAGAAGGGAAAGAAGCACUGAUGGACCAGGUGGCACACCAAGCUGUAGCCAUGCAGUUCAUUUUGGAGAUGGCCUCCAAUUCUCAGCAGGAUCCCAGAGGCUGCUUCAGACAGUUUUUCCAAAAAGCCAAAGAAGGACAAGAUGCCUAUCUACAAGUCUUCCACACAGAGCUUGAAGCCUUCAAACACAGAGUGAAAGAGUACUCAGUUAACCCUAAAAGUGAUGCACCUAACGUAUCCGAACAGCAGCGCUGCAGGCUCGACACCAAAGACGUCCAGGACUCUCUAACUUCUGUGGCAGAAUAUCCAGUGAAGCGCUGUUUAGAGGUGGGGCUAUGGACAAAUGCUGGCAGGUGGACAAAAGAAGACACUACAGAAACCGAUGAUAUACGGAUGAUGGAGACCUCCUAGGGAAUGUAGGCUCAGGCCAGCUUUUAUUUCCCCUGCUCCAUAUUUCCUUAUAAACUGGAGAGGGAUGAGAAGCGUCAGUGCUGCCAAGCAGGAAUAAAAUAAAGCAUGAUCAGGCUUGACUGAGAUUUUCUUAUCAGCUUUUCGGCUGUAAGACACCACCACAUCACUGCAACGAAGAAUGACACUGUUUCUGUGUUGCUCGUAUUAUGUUACUGUGGAUUGUUGUCGGAGACUUGCUUUCUGCUUUUCAGCUUGUGUUGUUCCAUAAUUCUGGUAUUAGAGGAGCAAAUCAAGAUGCCAUGUGAGGGGAAAACUGUACGUUUUUAAGCAUGCUGGUGAAUAAGGAAGUCCUGCGGUG